UCCAUCCCCCUCCCUCCUUCCUUUCUAUUGAGCCAUGGCUUUUUGCUCCUCUCUUGUGUCACCGAAACAUCCAUUCAUCAAACUCUUCCUCUUAUUAGCCACCAUCAUGAGGGGCGGGGUUGGACAGUCCUACACGUCAGUCUUUAUCUUCGGAGACUCACUGGCCGACACCGGAAAUAUAUUCUUCCUUGCUCCAUCUUUCCACUCUCUCUUCCCUCCGUACGGGGAGACAUACUUCCACCACCCCACCGGACGCUGCUGCAAUGGCCGUAUAAUCACAGACUUCAUUGCUGAAUCUCUGGGACUCCCAUCGGUACGGCCAUAUCUUGGGAUGAAUAAUACAAGUAUUGAAGAGGGUGUGAAUUUUGCUGUUGUGGGAGCAACGGCAUUGGACGCAGCUUUCUUUGAGGAAAGGGGAAUUAACGCAUUUACAAACUGCUCUCUAAGUGUUCAGUUGGAUUGGUUCAAGCAAAUCCUUCCAGCUUUCUGCAACACAUCUUCAAAAUGCAAAGAGAAGUUUGAAAGAUCUCUAUUUCACAUGGGAGAGAUUGGAGGCAACGACUACAAUAAUCCACUCUUACAUCUUAGAAGCAUAGAAGAGGUUAAGACAUUCGUGCCCCUAGUGAUUAAAGCAAUCGCUUCUGCCAUUAAGGAGUUGAUUGAUCUAGGGGCAGUGACUUUCAUGGUGCCCGGGACCACGCCAAUUGGAUGUUCUCCAGCCUUCCUAACAUAUUAUGAGACUGCAGAUAAGGAAGAAUAUGACCCUGGAACGGGCUGUCUGACGUGGUUAAACAAGUUUUCUGAGUACCACAAUGAGGAGCUUCAGAAAGAACUAACUAGGAUUCAAGCACUGUAUCCUCAUACCAAUAUCAUCUACGCCGAUUAUUACAAUGCUGCAAUGCAUUUGUAUCGGUCCCCAACCCAAUAUGGGUUUACCGGAGGAACACUUACGGCAUGCUGCGGAGUGGGUGGUCCAUACAAUUACAACGCAUCAGCGCAAUGUGGCACCAGUUCAUUGGUGCGUGCUUGUGAUGACCCUUCACAGUAUGUUAGCUGGGAUGGCAAGUUCUUAACAGAAGCCGCAUAUAGAUUGAUUGCCAAUGCUAUUCUAGAAGAAACAUAUAUACAUCAUUCCUCAAGUUAGUAGUAGUACUACUAGUACUUGUGAAUUAUUUCCCAAAAUGUGACAUUAAUUUUAUGUGUUCCUUCGUAUGAUUUGUUGGCUUAUAAUUUGGAUGACAU